AUGUGCGAGCGGAGGCCUUUGAGGCAGGUUGAGACGCCUGAGACGUUGGAUUCAGUUGAGCAGGCGUCAGAGGGGGUCGUUGUCGAGGAGGACCACGACAAGGAGGCGAUCGUCGUCGUGCUGGGAUUUAACGGGAAGGAUAAGGGCGCCGAAAGGCCCGGCUCGGGGAUGAAGGGAACAAUGGAGUUGCCCAUCUGGCACGCGCCAAGGCCGCAGUAG